UGGCCCGAGCGUCGACUCUUGAUAGACCGCGGUUGGUCCGAGCGGACCGGGGCGUCGGGCCUUUCAGCAACGUCUCAAAAUGAUAGUUUGCAACAAUCCAGGCAUAUAUCGGACAAUGAUCGUCGGAGUAUAUACUAUACAACUUACUAUUUGUUCAUAUGCCUCGGUUAUCCUCUGAAGACGAUAAUGGCGGACUGCGCCGUCGGAAGGGCCGUUCACUCGAGUCCCCAAAAGUUCGAGGUUGACGCUCGGACCUCUCAAGCGACUGCCUUGAAGUGUCGCGAGGCUGGGACACGCUGAAGAAGCAGGUCUCAUGUGGAAGUGGAACAAUGUAAUAAAUCUUGAGGCUGGGCAUUGUUGAAAUAAGUUUUCCUCAAUCGAAUGGGGUCGUCGAUUCAGGUAUGCGUCAUUGCAUCUAGAUCUCAGCAACGCGUGUCUAGCAAGAAUCUGUUAGAAAUCAGCAGACAAGUCGGGCAACCUUGGAAGUCAUGCAUCGGAGUCCAAGCACUGUCGGAAGGGUGGUGCUUCACGCGCGGAACAACCCAAAAGCGUGGCCUUUUCUUUUUAGCGAAAUCUGUGAUAGACUCUUCUGGAUCGAUUCAGCGUCUCCCUUCCGCUACAUCUGUAGCGGACGAAUGGUUGCAUGAGCAUUCCUAUGAGCCGAGGGACAUGCCAUGCGAGAAGGGAUAUGGACCACGAUCUAGCCAAUUUUCCGGCAGACCUGGACUAGGAGGCCACCAGGUCGCAAGCCUUUGUAGAGCCACGAGAGAGGAUGGUCAUUGCUCUCGAUUUGAAGGAGGAGACAACAGUAGCGUUCGGGCGAGUAUGAGACGAACUCAAAUCGCAUAUCGCCUCUAUAUGUUCCGCCAUAUUUGUAUUGUGGAGCAUAAGCUGUUGAGCCGUGAUGAAAUUCGACGUCGUCUGAGAAAGGAACCUGAGACCCAGCAAUCAGCCGGCGGGCAAAGGCCGUCCAGGCAGACAAUUUGACGGUAGAUGGAGCAAGUAUUAAAGCCCAGUGUUCUGGUACACAUGUAAAUGUGCUGAGAGACAAUGCGCACGAAGAAAGCCCCGUCUUCUCGUUACUUCAGGAUACCAUCAUAAGAUCGCAGGGGCAAUGCCUCGGACUGAUAACAAUGGAUGAUGGCGGUUGCGAAUGUUGCACACCUCUCAGAAGAAGACCGCAUAGCAAGCAGGCUACAUAUGGUCGAAUAGUGGACUGCCAGUGAUCGUACAAGGACGCUGCCUCCUCAGACAGAGUCGUCUGCCCUGAAGUCUUUCUCGACUCCCAGUCACAUUAUCGAUACACAGCAUGGACAACUUGAACGUCCCUGUCCCGCCCGCCUCGUCCGACUCGGAGGACAAGGACACCAUCAUAUCCAAUCUUCUGCAGUACUGCACCGAGCACGAAAUCUGGAUAUCCCCCAAAAUCGCGAUCCGACGCAUUCCUGGCAGAGGACUAGGCGUGUAUGCGACCAAACCUCUAAAGGCAGGCGAGCGGAUCAUGCAAGUCCCGACCGCGGCGCUGUUCAGCACGUCUUCAGUGCCCCCGAGCUUUGUGAGCAAGGAAGCACGCAAGGGUAUUCCCGUCCACGCACUAUUGGCCGCGUACUUGGCCUUUGGGCUGUCUGAGACAAAGCGGGACGAGUAUGCGCGGUGGAUGGCGACGUGGCCGAAGUUGACUGAUUUCACGGGUACGAUGCCGUUGCUGUGGCCGGAAGCACUGGAGCAGCCGAUGACCAUGGCCACGGCCACGAGGCUGGGGGAGAAUGGAAUCUCAACGUCCUCGUCGAGCGCUACGGGCGGGCUGCAGCGAGAGACAGACUCUGUCGAUAAAUUCUUGCCGCUGCCGCCAUCAUUGACUGGGUCGUGGCUAUGGCUACAUCAGCAGCAGGGCAAAGCGGCCAAGGAGCAUUGCGAGAAGACGACGGCGGCCGCAGUGACCACAACCAAACUUCUCGACAUUCAAAAGCGCAAAUUUCAAUCUCAUCUCCAGAUCAUCGCGCAGACCUUUCCGACCCUCGCACCAGCUCUACUCUCACCCCACGACCCACUGCACUCGAGAUUCGUCCACAUGUGGUGUAAUGUGAAUAGUCGAUGUUUCUACUACUUGCGCCCCGGCCAGUCGCCGCCCAAAGACAGCAACGAGGCCAUGGCAAUGUGUCCGGGAAUGGACCUGUUCAAUCACUCGGACGACCCAUCAUGUCGCACAACGUACGAUCGGAAGGGGUAUGAGGUCUCUACACUGCAACCCCUAAGUGCCGGUGAAGAGAUUCUGCUGGGUUACGGAGUGCAUAACAACGAUGUCCUGUGGACCGAGUAUGGGUUCGUCAUGGACGACAAUGCCGACGAUGGCGUACAGCUGGACGAGAUCGUACUGGCUUCCCUAACUGCUGAACAGCGGAAGACGCUGAAGAACGCCGGAUACUUGGGUGACUACUGGGUUAAGAGUGAUGGGUUAUGUUGGAGGACUGAGGCGGUGAGCUGGUUGGAUGUUCUGACGACCAGUCAGUGGCUCCGCUUUAUCGAGGGCAACUAUGAUCCUGCAGUAGCGGAUGAACGGUUUGCCUUGGAACUUGCAGGAACUGGAGACCGAAACGAAACGAAGACCGGAACUAGAAAGCGAAAAAGAGGUUCGAAUGGGAGUAUUCGGACGACUGAUGAGGUAAAUACAGUGACAAAUGACGUGGGAACCCCAAGUCAGCGGGCGAAACGAAAGCAGAUCGCUUGGAUACGGGCUACUGUAGAGAUGGCAGAGAACAGUUUGCUGGGGCUGCUUUCCAUCGUCACCGAGAAGGGUGACUUUCAGGUAACAGGCGACAAGUCAAGCACAGAGUUGCUGCAACGGUUCGGAGACGAAGAUGCAGUGCUGGAGGUGCAGAACCUAGGUGGUCCUAGUAUACCCGAGGUGAAAACGUCCCAGGCCGCCCUGAGGCACAGGAUGUGCGUCCAACGAUGGAGGCAGAUAUUGAGAUUAUGCAACGAUGUCAUGACCACAAUUCGGGAGAGUGACCCUACGCUGCAAGACCAGACCACAACGAAGGGGGCGGUGAACUCCGGGAGCAUCGCAAGACGUGGAGGCAAUGGUUGAUGAUUUCUUAAGAGAGACAGGAAGGUAGAUGUCUGCUACAACUGUGUCCAGCAGCGCACGAAUUGAAAUGAGUAAUGCGAUAUCAGAGCACUUCUUUCGUUGGAUGUGUAGCAGUAAUAUUAGGAACUGGCCCCUCUUCGGUCUGGCAGGUCGACCUUCAAAGAAAAAGCUUCCUCUAUGCACCGUCACAUGGUUGGCAUCGUCUGCAAUGCCGUACUAAGCAGAGUCAAGCUCACCUCAUCGUGUCCCUAGCUCGAUCCGACAGCGUCAGUGCCUGGUGACGCGAUAGAGGGCCGUCUGCAAC